CACACCUCUUCCUCCCUGCCGCCCCGUGACCCGGAAGUUGUACGGCUACGCGACUUUCCAUCCCACAAUCCCUCGCGCCCUUCCUUUCCAACUUGGGCCCGGCAGAAUGGCUCCCGCAAAGAAGGGUGGCGAGAAGAAGAAGGGCCGUUCUGCCAUCAACGAGGUGGUGACCCGAGAAUACACCAUCAACAUUCACAAGCGCAUCCAUGGAGUGGGCUUCAAGAAGCGUGCUCCUCGGGCACUCAAAGAAAUUCGGAAAUUUGCCAUGAAGGAGAUGGGAACUCCAGAUGUGCGCAUAGACACCAGGCUCAAUAAAGCCGUCUGGGCCAAAGGAAUAAGGAAUGUUCCGUACCGCAUCCGAGUACGUUUGUCCAGAAAGCGUAAUGAGGAUGAGGAUUCACCAAACAAGCUCUACACAUUGGUAACUUACGUGCCUGUUACCACAUUCAAAAAUCUACAGACGGUCAAUGUGGAUGAGAACUAACUGCUGAAUGUCAAAUAAAGUUACAGAACUGCCUCCAGGUUUUGCUUUUUCUUUUUGUUGUCUGCCCCAUAAGUGGAAUUUUUAGGUCUAAGGGUUAUUUUGUUGGAAAUUAAUCUGAGAAGCUCUGUUCUGGACACACAGGAAAUUGGAAGUAUGUGAAACAUUCUUUUCACAGAAGUCAGUGUAUUAGUUGGGGUUGUGGGGUGUUUUUGUUUGUUUUUGAGGGGUUUCUCUGGUGGUGCUGCUUGUUCUGUAGACUAGGUUGGCCUGGAACUCAGAAUUGACCUGCCUUUUCCUCCCUGGUGUUGCAAUUAAAUGUGUGCCACUGUG